AUGGAGACUUUUAGGAAUGUGGUGAACUCGUGUGGCUUCCAUGAUAUUCCAUUUACAGGGUAUGAGUUUACAUAUGACAAUGGGAGCGAGGCCCCUGAAAAUGUACAAUGUGGGUUAGAUAGAGCCUUGGUGACUACUGAUUGGUUGACUAUUUUCUCGAAUGCUCAUGUUUGGAACCUAAACAGGGAGUGGUCCGGCCAUGCUCCAAUAAAACUCACAAUUAACAAGAAUGAUCAUGGUGCUCAGCUAGUUUCUUUCUUUGGUCACAUCAAUGGGAGACCUAUUGCCGAAUUCUCCCCGAAUAGAAGCAACAGACAGGGUGAUCCUAUAUCACCACACUUGUUUAUAUUGUGUGCUGAGGUGUUCUCUCAUUUAUUGCAGAGAGCGAAGGAAAAUAAGACUCUUAGAAGUAUCAAGGUGGCCCCCACCGCUCCUUCUGUGAACCACUUACUUUUUGCUGAUGACUGUUUGAUUUUUUCAAGAGCUACUGUGAAUGAUACAGAGGCAAUUCAGAAUGCCUUAUAUGUGUAUGAGAUGUCGUCUGGUCAAAAAGUAGAUUUUGGUAAAACUACUCUGUCAUUCAGUAAGGGAGUUAAGAAGAUAAGAAGGGGAGAAAUUGCACAACAUUUAGGUGUUAGAAUUGUUGAUGUUCAUGAUAGAUACUUUGGGUUACCUACUACCGUAGGCCGCUCAAAAAAGGUUAUUACUAGAGGUGUGAAAGAAAAAUUGUGGAAAAAACUUCAAGGAUGGAAGGGGAUGAUUCUUUCAAAAGCUGGUAGGAAAGUUAUGAUAAAUGUUGUGGCCCUAUCUCUCCCUACCUAUGCGAUGAGUGUGUUCAAGUUUCCGUCUUCUUUUUGUGAUGAGAUCCGAUCCUUAAUAGCGGAGUUCUGGUGGGGGAAAAAGAAUGGUGAGAGAAAAAAUCACUAG